UAUUUUACAGAAAGCUUCUAGCAGUUAUUGGUCAGACUGCAGUGCACCAUAUUGAUAAGAGGCAAGGGUAAAGCUUUGCAAAAGUAUUGCAAUUGCUACCACCCUAUAGAACUCCAGACGCACACACGAGCACCUUGAUAUUUAACUGAAGCAUACCCCAAGCAAACAUGGAUGUCUUUAAGAAAGGGUUUUCAAUGGCCAAAGAAGGUGUGGUUGCUGCGGCUGAAAAAACAAAACAGGGAGUAACUGAAGCUGCAGAGAAAACCAAAGAAGGGGUCAUGUAUGUUGGUGCCAAAACCAAAGAAGGUGUGGUGCACAGCGUGAGCACAGUUGCUGAAAAAACCAAAGAACAGGCCAACGUGGUGGGCGGAGCUGUGGUGUCCGGAGUGAACCAAGUAGCAAAUAAAACGGUAGAAGGAGCAGAGAACAUUGUAUCCACCACCGGAAUUGUAAAAAAGGAAGAACUUCAUCCAGUUCAACCCGAAGAAGGUGCUCCAGAAGAACCUGCAGAGGAAGCUACAGAAACCACUGAACAGGCUGGUGAAGAAGCAAUGUAAACAUGUCUUGUAUGCUGCUCAAAAUCUUUGAAGAAACCUUAUAGCUAAGAUCAUCUAAGGGAAAUGCCAUUGGAUAAACUAAGCUCAAAGCCUUCAUCUACUAUUUGCCUCUUAAAUCUAAUGUUCCUGAUGCCCAUGUAUCUGUUCACAUCUAAUUUAUGUCUGUAAAACUGUGUCCAUUUCUGUGACUUAAUUUAUACAUUAUUUAUUUAUUCAUGUUUUAUGUAUUUAUUUGUCAUUUCAUUCAUAAUCCAAUAAUUUAUUUCAGUCGUUUACCAUAUUUUUCAAAUUUUAUUGAUUCAUAUGUUGUCAAACUGAUUUUUCACUCAUAUUCUCGAAACCUUCCAAUAUUCCUCAUUAUCAUAACGUAACUAGAUCAAUGUUCACUGACUGAUUUUCUGUGAUGCUCACCUUUGUCUUGUUACAUUGUUUCGGUUUGUGUCAUCAGUUUACACAUUUACGGUCACAUUGGCACUUUAUCUACUUGAAAAUAGUUUUUUUUAUGACACAAAUAAAAUUGGGUUUGAGUUUA